AAUCUUCGCUCUUCUGAAGAGUUGAGUUUGUUAUGGCGAUCACUUCAAUCCGGUGCAGGCUUUGCAAAGUCCUUUUGAAGGGUCCCAUCGGCAGGAGCUGGAGCUCAGGGACAGCACUGCGACCACAGUAUGACGCCGUGAUUAUAGGGGGAGGCCACAAUGGACUGAUAGCUGCUGCGUACCUACAGAAGUCUGGAGUGAACACUGCCGUGUUAGAGAAGCGUCAUGUGAUUGGUGGGGCCACUGUCACGGAGGAACUCAUUCCAGGUUUUAAGUUUUCACGAGCCUCUUACGUGCUCAGUUUGCUGAGACCUCAGAUCUACAAAGAGUUGGAGCUGAAGAAACAUGGACUAAAGGUAUAUAUACGGAACCCAUCUUCUUUCACGCCAAUGUUGGAAGAUGGAGUUGGAGGGAAACUGCCUCGGUCACUCCUAUUGGGGAAUAACAUGGAAGAAACCCAAAAACAAAUCGCACAGUUCUCGGUGAAAGAUGCACAGGCAUAUGCUGAGUAUGAGGCCUUCAUCGGUCGCAUGGCCACAGCUGUUGAGCCUCUACUGGAUGCAGUACCUGUGGAUGUCCCAUCACUGACCAGUAGCUCACCGAGGCAGAGGAUACGAUCGUUACAUAGUGUGAAACCCCUUCUGCAAGCAGGUUUUAAGCUGGGGAAACACAUUCCACAGUUCUACGAAUUACUGACUGCUCCGAUAUCUAAAGUUCUAAAUCACUGGUUUGAAUCGGAACCACUGAAGGCCACUAUCGCUACUGAUGGAGUUAUUGGUGCAAUGAUAAGCCCACAGGCCGCAGGGAGCGGGUAUGUUCUACUUCAUCACGUGAUGGGGGAGCUGGAAGGGAUUAAGGGGGCUUGGGGUUAUGUGGAAGGUGGGAUGGGCGCACUUUCCAAAUCUAUCGCCAGUGUAGCUGCAGCUCAUGGAGCCUCUAUCUUUACAGAAAAGCCAGUGAGCUCCAUCCUAGUGGACAGUAACGGGACAGCACAGGGAGUUGUGUUGAAAGAUGGAACUGAGAUAAGAAGCAAAGUGGUUUUAUCCAAUGCCACUGCUCAUGUGACCUUCCUCAAGCUGACUCCACAGGAUUCGCUGUCCCAAGACUUUAUUAAGGAAGUUUCAUCCAUUGACUACACCUCUCCUGUCACAAAAAUCAAUGUUGCUGUGGAUCGCUUACCAAACUUUCUGGCCGUACCUAGCAAUGAUGGAAUAGCACCUUCCCAGCGUAUAGCUGGAACCAUACAUUUGAACUGUGAGGACAUGGCCUAUAUAAAAGAUGCUUUCGAGGAAGCCUGCCGAGGGAUUCCAUCCACCAGACCAUUGCUGGAGUUAUGCAUCCCCUCGAUUCUGGAUCCCACCAUCGCUCCACCAGCCUGCCACGUCAUCUCUAUCUUCACCCAGUACACACCGUACUAUCUGCAAGGAGGAAAAGAAUGGGACGAGCUGGAGAGGAAUUGCUAUGCUGAUAGAGUGUUUGACUGCAUUGAGCAGUAUGCUCCAGGUUUCAAGGCUUCCGUGAUCGGACGUGAUAUCUUGACGCCACCAGACCUGGAGAAGGUGUUUGGCUUAACUGGAGGGAAUAUUUUCCAUGGAGCAAUGUCACUUGAUCAGCUGUACAUGACACGACCUUUGCCCUCCUAUUCGAACUACAGAUCACCUAUCAAAGGCCUGUACCUGUGUGGAAGUGGAGCUCAUCCAGGCGGUGGAGUGAUGGGAUCAGCAGGGCGUAAUGCAGCACACGUCGUCAUAUCUGACCUGAAACGGUGGUAGAAGACCCUCCUGGGAGGUCCAGGUUUAUGAGUUCACCUCCGCAAACGAAGAUGCUCAUGCAUUCUGCCUGCUCUGUGCUUGGAAUGGUUAUUAAAUAGUAAAACGCUUUAUUAAAUUGAAUAUUCAUCCAAAGAAUCCUAGAAUAGUACAGCGCAGAAGGAGGCCAUUUCGCCCAUUGAGCCUGUCCCGGCUCUUUCGAAGAGCAAUCCAGUUAGUCCCCACUCCCCCACUCUUUCCCCAUAUUCCUGCAAUUUUUUUUCUCAUUCAAGUAUUUACACAAUUCCAUUGUGAAGGCUACCAGUGAACACUUUACUCAUCGCCUUAUCUGGCCUUGCAUUCCAGAUUCCAUUCACUCAUUGUGUGAAAGAGCAACUUGCUAUGUUACUUGAUUUUUUAAAAAAAAGUUAGUUCAGCCUUCUCAUUUUCAGUUUAGUUAAAUGAGAUAAUCUGUAAAAGACUAAUGCAAAUCCAAAGAAAACUUGGAAAAUGACUUCUGAGGUUUUUCUUAUUUGUCAUUAAAAACUGUGAUAAACCA